AUGGCGCCGCGGCGGGCGCUCGCGCUGCGCGGGGCCUACGCGGCGGCCGGCGCCCUCAUGGGCCUCGCGGCCUUCUUCACGUGGAGCCUGGCGCCCGCCUUCCGGCAGCCGGCCACGGCCGCCGCGGGGGGGCUCUCGGGUGUUCUGGCGCUCUGGGCCCUAAUCACGCAUGUGAUGUAUGUGCAGGAUUACUGGAGGACCUGGUUAAAAGGGCUGAGCUUCUUCCUCUUCGUCGGCAUCCUCUUCUCGGCCCUCUCCGUGGUGGGAUUCUGCACCUUCCUCGUUCUGGCCAUCACCAAGCACCAGGCCCUGACUGAUCCCAGAAGCUACUACCUGUCGUGCGUCUGGAGUUUCAUCUCCUUGAAAUGGGCCUUCCUGCUCGGCUUGUAUGCCUACCGCUACAGGAAUGAGUUUGCAGACGUCAGUAUCCUCAGUGACUUCUAACACUGGGACUCGAAGGCUGUGCGCUGGUGCUGAGCGUUUGCGUUGGCCCCCGAAGGACGGUACAUGCAGGAGGUCUGCAAGAAGCGGAGCAGGAACCCACCCAGUGCUGCUUCCUUUGUCUGCAGCGGGGGUUUGGGGUUUUUUUCCUCAUUGCUUUUAUUCAAACACAUAGAAUUUGGCUAACUCUGUCAAUCUAGUCUUUCUGUAACGUUCCUGGGAGCCCGUGGGUCUGGUGGUGGGUUGCAAAACUCCCAUCUGCAUGUGCGCAGCGAGCCCAGGUCCGCUCCUUGCGUUGCCCUGUUGCUGCAGCGCAGGGAGGCUCUCAGGUGGGGAGGAAAUGCUGUCCCCACCAGGAGCUGUGGCUUGAAACGUUGCAGAUGCAGCACCCACGUGUUUGGUCCUAGUGAAUGAAUCGCCAGCUUGCUCCAGGUGGGUGUCCCAGGUGUGUGUAGCCAAGAAACCCCACUGGGUGCAAGUUGUUCCAUUGGCAGCACUGUCCCUCACAGAAAGGGAGGGAUGGCUCCUCUUUUGAGGUAGGAAGUCUCUAGACCCCUUCCCCUAUAUUUUAACAUCCCCUUUUACACGUUGGGCUGGGAAUAAUGUACAGCUUCAGCUCUGUCCUGUGGUCCGGACGGUGCGACGGAGAAGCAUCAGUCAUCUCGGUGCUCUGUCAGAGAUGGAAACGCUCACGGACAGAUCUGGUGCUGGAGCAAAACGUUAGCUCGGCCUCUUGGGGUUGUGUUGCACUAGCUCCUAAUCCACGAUCAUUUAAAAAACACAGCUUCUAAUACAGGAUCUUCUUAUGAUACCCGGUGAGCGUGCGACUAAGGCAGUAUUUAAUGCUGAACUCUGUGGCGUGUAGGCGUUUCAGCCUACGUGCCUGUGCUGGAAGCAGCUUGGCUUUAUCGACCGGCCUCUCCUGAUCUCUGUCAGGUUCCCUCUCUGUGCCCAGGGCUGCUCUAUGAGCUCGGUCUGAGCGCAUUAACCCUGGUGCUUUGCUCCCUGCCAGCAGCUGCCCGGGAGGCUGGAAACCUCCCUGGAAAGCGAGGCGAGUGGUGAGCCCCGCUGGGCGCCUCGGCCGUGUCCUCGUGUCCUGCCGCCUCUCCCGCAGCCUUCCCUGAAGGGCCUUCUUGGCCCUCCGUGCCAGAGGGCACUUGGCACCGCAGCCCAGGACUCCAAGAGAGGUGUGAGUAGAAGGGCCCGAUGCAGCGAGGUUGGCCCAGCUUUCUCUCCUACCGCACAAAUCUGCCUUUCCUAGCAUCUUAGUCCUCUCUGGACUACAUCUUCCGUGCCCAAAAGCUGUGGCACCCACGGUGGAGGUUGCAAGUGUUUUUUUAAUGUAGGUAGGUCCCCUGGGCAUCUCUUGUGUUGUGUUUCUGCACUGUGGUGCUCAUGUGGAGCAGCUCCGUUCUCGGGCCGGUGUCUCAACCAUCAUAUUGGCUCGCCCGGAAAGUUUUGUUUUU